AAAAAAGUACAUAAAUAAAUAAAUUAACAAACCCUUUUUUUGCAAAUCCCGAGCGUGGCUGACUAAUACAGCGCGCGAAUAGGGGGCGGUACCUUUAGAACCAAACUAAGUGCACCGUUCAGAUCGGCUCGAGAUCAGUAGAAGAUGGGCCACUCGACAAGAUGCCGCGAUCCUAAAACCCACUGGGAUGGAAGUAGUGGAACAUGUGUGCGGUGUUCAACACUGGCAGGUUAUUAUGUUACUCCUAACUGUGGCUAUGAUGACGACGGGUUUUCGCGGCAUGAUGUUCCCUAUCGUCCCUGUAAUGACGGUACUUUCAAUAGCGACAACAACAGCGCUGUGUGUCGGCCUUGCACCGUUUGUCCUUCGGGGCAGGAUGUUUCCAGCAAAUGCACGACAACGACUGACACCCGGUGCUCCCCCGUUCCCAGAGCGCAGACGACGUCUCCCACAACGAGCCAAGGGUCCACUUCAACACCAACACCAACACCAACAACAACACCAACAACAACACCAACAACAACAACAACAACAACACCAACACCAACAACAACAACAACAACUGUUCCACUAAGACCUGUCGCCACAGGUUUAGAUCAAACAGAGACUGCGCUAUUAGCCAUCGGCGUCUCCUUCCUGCUUUUGCUGGCUGUUUGUAUCAUCUUCAUUCUUAGGAAGAAAGGAAGGCGCAACUCAACAUUAAGGUAUAACAAAAGACCAUCAAUCGUUGAGGAAGGAUUCUCUCCGCUCUUUACUGCAGAUGGAAAUAACGAUCUGGAACAAAUCUUCAGCCCUGGCGUCCUCUCAGCACCACUGCAAACGGUACUGGACAACCUGGAUGUUCUUGAACAGUUGGUGAUUUUGUUGGACCCAGAGACACAUGGAGUGAAGAACACCAAACACCUGGCCUCCCGCUGCUCCUUCUCCUCCAGCUGGGUUACUUACACCUACUCCAUGAAGGAGAGUAAGAGCCCCCUGAAAGCUGUGCUGGAGGGGGUCACUACCAGGCACCCUGACUGGACCGUAGGGCACCUGGCUAAGCUGCUCAGGCUAAUGGAGCGCAAUGAUGCUGUCACCGUCCUCGCCAAACUCAGACUCACUUCAAUGCCCACAGUGCAGCCAACUGAUUUGCAAAAUUAUUUUUAAUUACUUUUGCAAAUGUAACUCACGACAAACACUUUGCAUUAAGGGACAGUUUAAGAUCCAGUUUUUUACCUUGACAUCUUCAUCUCUUUGUACCCAUUUAAUUAUUUUUUGUUCUUUAAAUUUUGUUGAUUAAUUUUGAUUUUUUGAAAUCAUGAUGAUAAACCUGAUUAGACAAAUUAUUUUUGAUUCAUGGAAAUUAUAAAGUAAACUAAAUACACCAUUGAUGCGGUCUGUAUAAUCCUUGUAAAACAUUAUUCUUUUCUCUUUUGUAUUACAAUGGGCCUUUAUUUUUUAUACAACUUUUUUUGCUGAUUUUGUAAUUGUUUAUUAAAUAAAGGAAUACAGUAAUCAA